CCUUCCCGCUUUUACGCGAAAACACUACAUGUGUUUUCUCAACGGGAUUUUAACAUAGUGUGGUGUUUCUGCAGAAGCAGAAAAAACAGGUUAUUGACAUUACACACUAUGGAGCUGAAUUUUACACAGAGAGGGCGCGACUUUCUAGAGUUACGCGCGCUGGCGCAGAAACUUCUGACUCGGGGGAACAACUACUCUCUGCGUCUGGAGAACUACUCUCUGUUUGACAACGGAUCGGAGCUCGAUCAGGAGGACUCAUUGGACGUCAACACUAACAUCUACUCUAAGGUCCUGGUCACUGUGAUCUAUAUCGCGCUCUUUGCCGUCGGCUGCUUAGGGAACUCUGUUACGCUAUACACCCUGGUGACCAAGAAGUCCCUCCAGAAUAUCCAAAGCACUGUCCACUACCACCUGUCCAGUCUCGCCGUCUCCGACCUGCUAAUACUAGUCCUCAGCAUGCCCGUCGAGCUAUAUAAUUUCAUCUGGGUCCAUCAUCCUUGGGCGUUUGGAGGAGUUGUUUGUAAAGGCUACUAUUUCAUUCGGGAUGCCUGCUCGUAUGCCACGGCGUUCAACAUCGCCAGCCUCAGCGUCGAGCGUUAUAUGGCGAUAUGUCACCCUUUCAAGGCGAAGAGCAUCAUGUCCUGCAGCCGCACCAAAAAGCUGAUCAGCGGGAUGUGGGUGGCUUCGUUCCUCCUGGCCUCUCCGAUGCUCUUCACCAUGGGACAGAAGUAUCAUGGACCCCACCGGGAGAAGAUAUGCACCACCAUCGUGCCUCCUGUCGUAUUGAAGAUAGUGAUUCAGGUGAAUGUGUUCCUGUCCUUUGUGGUUCCCAUGGUAGCCAUAUCUGUUCUGAACGGGGUCAUCGCCAGUCAGCUGCUGCAUAUGUUCAGAGAGAAGCAGCAGGACAACCGCAUCUGCAUCGUCGAGGGCAACCCUACCAUGCUGAGCGUUGCUGUGGAGCCAAACCGCACACAGUCGCUGCGUCAUGGAGUCAUGGUUCUACGGGCUGUGGUUGUUGCCUUUGUGGUUUGCUAUCUACCCUACUACAUCCGGCGCCUCAUGUACUGCUACGCAGAGUUUACAGAGGAAGGAUAUGAUUACUACCACUACUUCUUCAUGGUGACCAACGUCCUCUUCUACGUGAGCUCAGCUGUCAACCCAGUCCUCUACAACCUGGUCUCAGCCAACUACCGGGAGAUCUUCUUCAACACGCUCCGCUGCUUCUGCGUGCCGUGUCGUCGCAAGAAACAGAGACGUGUUCUGAUCAGACACUCCACCAGCAUCUCCAGUAACCACACCUUCUCCUCCAACAUCAUCAAGGAGACCGUCUACUGACCACCCCCCCAAAAAAACCACUCCCCUGGUAACGUUCCAUUUUAGAACUGCAGUGUAUGGAAUCUAUUACUCAGUUGGACUCCAUGUAUGUUUGAUGGGGAGCCUGGUACUGUGAAUCACUGACACAUUGUGCCACAUAAACACACAAAAAAAUAUCCACAAUUUGAUAUAUUGGUGCAAUCAUCUGAAAGAAAGACUGAGUAAGGGCGUUGUUCACUCAAAUUAUGAAAUUCCAUUGGUUUCCUGUUAGCAGUUAAUGGACGAGGUAUGACAGCAAUCCAUGCUUUUGGCUUAGUUUUCACAUGGUAGCAAUUUAGCAUUUGUUAGCACAUUCAAUUCAUGGGACCGAUAUUAGCAUUUGUUAGCACAUUCAAUUCAUGGGACCGAUAUUAGCAUUUGUCGCGCAUCGUGUUCAAAUCGUAUGUCUGACUUUGUUGAGAUAUACAAUCAAUUU